AUGAAGCUGAGGUCAAGAAGAAUAAAAAAGAGAUGUCUAGUUCUACUGGUUCUUUUGUUUGAUCUUCUGCUUAUUUUGUUUGCGAGCCACACGAACAGAAUGACUGUGGUGAACAAGGUGGAUAUGGGCCGCCUGAAGUGGUUUGGAACAGGCACAAUAGUGGUGAAUGGAUUGGAGAUGUUCCAGAAUGUGAGUUUUUCGAGCGCAAUUGCAGAUGGAGAGGUGAUUUCCACGGACGUCACGGGCCAAGGGAGUGUUGUGGAUUCCAUACUAAGCCGUGUGAAUACCGAGAUAAGGGAAAUCCUGCUAAUUGACGCGAGAAGGCUUCGAGGACUGAACCGCACGGUUUUUCCAAGGUUUGAGAGGGAGAGGGCGAGACACAGCCUUGGAGCAGACUACAUUGAGGAGCUAGCCAAGGAUUUUGUCAGGAGAGUAGAUAAUGGAAGGAUCAGGUAUCCAGCGAAGAACAGCACAGCAAAGGAAUAUGUCAUGAGAGCCAAGUCGUUUGUAAAAAAGCAGACAAAGGGAGAAGAUGGCAGUGAGGUGGUCAGGCUGGUAAACAGGAUGUUCCCGACGAUUGAGGUGUCCUUCUACACAUACAUGGUGCUGGUUCUCCUCAAUAUUCGGGAGAUCAUUGUAGAUGACUUUGACGCUAUUGAAGAGGCCUUUAAAUGCGACAAGAUCUACAACAUUUCCAACGAUAAAAUAAACCAGCUUGGCGGGAUGAUCAUGAGGACCCGGGCCUUUAGUGAUGGGAUACCCGAGUGGGAUGCAUGCAGUGUGUGUCAUCGGGAGUUCACUGGAGAAGACCGCGCCAGCCUGCAGAAGCUUAUAUGCAACGAUGUUAUAUGCAGAAGAUGCUUAAAGCAGUCAUUCCUAUACUCGAACGACGAGUUCUGUAUGAAAUGCAGAGGGAAGUAUGACAUCCUAGACAUCACCCGUUUUAGGAGUUCUUUUGACUAG